GCUGUAACUUAUACCCGGGAGAAGGUUUUAGGAUUCAUUUUCAUAGGAUUCAGUUUUUGUCACCAUCCGGCUACGGGACGCGGGUGAUAUCGCGGGCGAAAGCUAGUAUAAUAUAAAUAUUCGUGUCCUACAAUUGUGCACUCCAGCACGGAGCGCGUGGCCCAUGCCCAUCACAGGCCAUGGUGUACUGUGGGUUUUAUACGUAACGGUUGGCAACUUUGUUGUCUUCAUGUCAAUUUAUUGUCAAAUAAAACUUCUGUCAAACGAAUCUGCGGAGUAAAUAUUGUGGUCUUCUUUUGGUCGUAUUUCGUUAUUGAAAACAGCUGGUUUGAUACUGUUUUCGGAAGCUGCUGCCUGUUAAAACACCCAAGUUUUACAGUGCUUGUUUAAUUAAAUUCAGACAUCCAGUUUAUCAGUCUCAUUUCUCCAUAAAUGUUUUUUUAUUGUUAAAGAGCGUGAUUGUUUUACAUUAUGUCUAUUGAAAUAGAAUCCGCCGAUGUGAUCCGACUGAUCCAGCAGUACCUGAAGGAGUCUAACCUCACCAAAACACUUCAAACGCUGCAGGAGGAGACGGGCGUGUCGCUGAACACGGUGGACAGCGUGGACGGGUUCUGCGCCGACAUCAACAACGGGCACUGGGACACGGUGCUGAAGGCCACGGCCUCGCUCAAGCUGCCGGACAAGAAGCUCAUGGAGCUGUACGAGCAGGUGGUGCUGGAGCUGAUCGAGCUGCGCGAGCUGGGCGCGGCGCGCUCGCUGCUGCGCCAGACGCACCCCUGCCUGCUCAUGAAGCAGCUGGAGACGGACCGCUACAUCCACCUGGAGAACCUGCUGGCGCGCUCGUACUUCGACCCGCGCGAGGCGUACGGCAGCGGCGGCGGCAAGGAGCGGCGCCGCGCCGCCGUGGCCGCCGCGCUGGCCGGCGAGGUGUCCGUGGUGCCCAGCUCGCGGCUGCUGGCGCUGCUGGGGCAGGCGCUCAAGUGGCAGCAGCACCAGGGCCUGCUGCCGCCCGGCACCACUAUCGACCUGUUCCGCGGCAAGGCCGCCAUCCGCGACGAGGAGGACGACCAGUGCCCCACGCAGCUCUCCAAGAUCAUCAAGUUCGGCCAGAAGUCGCACGUCGAGUGCGCCAGGUUCUCUCCAGACGGCCAGUACUUGGUGACGGGCUCGGUGGACGGGCUGGUGGAGGUGUGGAACUUCACGACCGGCAAGAUCCGCAAGGAUCUGCGCUACCAGGCGCACGAGGAGUACAUGAGCAUGGACGAGGCCGUGCUCAGCCUGGCCUUCGGCCGCGACAGCGACACCCUCGCCGCCGGCUCCAACGACGGCAAGAUCAAGGUGUGGAAGGUGUCGUCGGGGCAGGUGCUGCGCAAGCUGGACCGCGCGCACGCGAAGGGCGUCACGUGCCUGCAGUUCACGCGCGACAACACGCAGCUGCUGUCCGCGUCCUUCGACCGCACCAUCCGCAUCCACGGGCUCAAGUCGGGCAAGGUGCUCAAGGAGUUCCGCGGCCACGCGUCCUUCGUCAACGAGGCGGUGUUCACGCCCGACGGCCACGCCGUGCUCAGCGGCUCCUCGGACGGCAGCGUCAAGGUGUGGUCGGUCCGCACGGGCGAGUGCACGGCCACGCUCAAGCCGCUCGGCAGCGGCGAGCCGCCCGUCAACUCGCUGCUGCUCACGCCCAAGAACCCCGACCACUUCGUGGUGUGCAACCGCACCAACACCGUCGUCAUCAUGAACAUGCAGGGCCAGAUCGUGCGCUCCUUCUCCAGCGGGCGCCGCGAGCAGGAGGGCGGCGCCCUCGUCAGCGCCGCGCUCAGCGCCCGCGGCCGCCUCGUCUACUGCGCCGGCGAGGACCUCGUGCUCUACGCCUUCUGCACCGCCACCGGCAAGCUGGAGCGCACCAUCACCAUCCACGACAAGGCCGUGAUCGGGCUGACGCACCACCCGCACCAGAACCUGCUCGCCACGUACGGCGAGGACGGCCUGCUCAAGCUGUGGAAGCCGUGAGCGCUCGCCGGGCACGUCACACGUCGUCACUUCGCUAGCUCUACGUCAAGCCGAUAUUACACGGAUCUACUUUGGUUCUAUAUUAUUUUCAUUUCAUUAUCGAUGCGAGUCUUUGAUAAGCUUGAACGUCCAACGCAAAAAUAGCGCUGUUAUGAGUGUCUGUCUGUGUGUCUAUAUGAGGCACAUGUUUCACAAGCAGCGGGCAAGCCGUUUUAAAGUUAUUAUUUAAUUAUUUUUAUUUAAUUAUCAACCGUGGCAGAGAUGUCAGGUAAGCGUCCGUUCAUAUAGCCCGGUCUAUCAAAAAGCAUCGGCGCGCAGUUUUCUUUUCACACAGACCGGAGCCGAUCACUUGCGCGAGCAUUAAAGAGCAUGCAAACGGAGCCAAACGUCAAGAAAAAAUACACGAUCGGAGCCGGUCGGCUCCUCUUAUUAUUUCACACCGAGCGCAUUCGAGCAUUCUCAAUGACAAAAGCAGUGCGCAUGCAAAAAUAAACCUUACUUCAAAUACUAAGUACUCAAUUUUUAACGUAUUAAGAAUUUGCUCUGCUCUCCGAGCCGGUCUGUCUGAAAGGACCCUAAAGUAGCAGUUACGUCUUGUUGUAACUUCUUUUGAUUUGUCGUUUAAGUUCAAAUACUUCGCAAAUGAAAAGAAUGUCCGCACUGGCGGUCCCUGAGUGGAGACCCUGGCGCGUCGUAUUACUCUCAUUUCACUUGUAAAUGUCAGUUCUCUGCAACGGUUUUGUUUAUUAUGUAAUUGUUUCUAUAGGUCGAUCCGUGUAACAUUUGUUGAAGAUGUUUGUUGAGAACUAUUCUAGUUUGCUACAUGCUCCGCUGAUACCAAACUUAGUGCAGCAAACUUGAAUAGUACUUGAUGGGCCACUGUGUCUGUAGAUUAUUAUUUUGUAAGCAUUACUUAUAAGGUAUAAUAAAAGUAAUAAUGAA